AUGCGUGGCGGGGGCGGCGGCGGCGGGGGCGGCGGCGGCGGCGGGGGGGGGCCGAAUCGCAGUGGCACGCCGGGGGGGUCGAACGCGUACAUCACGAUGGUGAACACGCUGAAGAAGCGCGACAUGCUUCCGGUGGUGGUGUUUUGUUUCAGCAAGAAGUGGUGCGACCACCUGGGGGGCUCGCUCGCGUCCCAGGACCUCAACACCGGGGAGGAGAAGGCGCAGGUGCAUCGGUUCUGCGACAAGGCGCUCUCGCGGCUGCGUGCGCCGGACCGCGCACUGCCGCAGAUCCUGCGUCUCCGGCGGCUGCUGGAGCGCGGCAUCGGCGUGCACCACGCGGGGCUGUUGCCCAUUUUGAAGGAGGUGGUCGAGAUGCUCUUCUGCCGCGGGCUGGUCAAGGUGCUUUUCUCGACGGAGACGUUCGCCAUGGGCGUCAACGCGCCCGCGCGCACCGUGCUGUUCCAGGACACGAAGAAGCACGAUGGGAAGAGCCGGCGCUUCCUGAUGCCCGGCGAGUACACGCAGAUGGCUGGCCGCGCGGGGCGGCGCGGGCUCGACACCGUAGGCUCAGUGCUGAUUGGGUGCUUCGAGGGGCAGCUCCCCGCGGAGAGCGACAUCAAACGCAUGAUCAGGGGCCAGGCGACGCAGCUGACGUCGCAGUUCCGGCUCACGUACGUCAUGAUCCUGCGCUUGCUGCGCGUGGAGGACCUCAAGGUCGAAGACAUGAUGAAACGCUCCUUCGCCGAGGUGCACGCGCAGCGCCUGCAGCCGGAGCAGCAGGCCCUGCUCGUCAAGGGCCGCCGCAUGCUCGACGUCCUCAGCGCCAGCUGGGCGCAAACGGCGCCCCCGGGCGCGCGCGACGGGGUGCUGGAGUACGCACGCAGGACCGCGCAGCUGGAACUGAACGCGGCGGAGAUCCUGCGGCUCGCCGGGGCGAACCAGCUCGCGAGGGCGUUCACGUCGACAGCACAGGCGCGCGUCGUGGUGUACAGCGACCCGCGCACCGGCGUGGACGACCUGGCGCUGGUGGUGCAGGAGGUGCGCAGCACGACUGGGGGAGUGCCGGCGGUGCUGGUGAAGGGCGCAGAGAAGCGGUUCCACCUGCUGUGUCUGAGGCACGACGUGCCGGGGGACCUCGUCAGGGAGGGCGCGGAGGGGGGAGUGGGAGGGGGCAAGGAGGCGGCAAGCGGGAGCAAAGCGCCAGACGGCGGCGCGAGGGACGCGUUCGCGGGCCUGAAGCCGUUGUCGUCGAAGAAGGGCGGCGAUGACGACCUCGUCGUGCUGGUGCCGAUUGGGAAGAAGAAGGGCGGCAAGGACAUGAGUUCGGUGCCUCAGAAGAACCACGGAGGAGGAUAUGUCGACCCAGGCCCGCUGCCGCGCGACGGCGAGACGGACGGCGUGAAGUGGUCGAUCGUCGAGGCCGGGCUGUCCGACAUGCUGGCGAUCCUCAACCACCGCCUCCCCGUCAAGGCAAGCACCGUGCUGGCUGCCGAGGGCAACAGCGCGGGCGGCGGCGGGCGCCACGCGAACUCGUUCGACCUGGCCGGGGCGGUCAAGGCGCUCGCGGAGCUGUCCAGGGGCCCGUGGCCGGAGGCGGCGAGCGCCACGGACCUGAAACUGGACGCCAGCAUCCAGGUGGUGGACCUGAUGGAGGCGCAGUACCGCAUGCUGCUGGCGCGGAACGAGCUGCCCGUGCGGACGCACCCGGAUCUGCACACCCUGCUGGCCAAGGGCCGCAGCCUCGAGCGCCUGGAGCGGCGCAUCCGCGCGCUGGACCACCAGCUGUCAGAUGCGUCCCUGCGGCAGCUACCGGAGUUCCACCAGCGCUUGGAGGUCCUGGCGGAGCUCGGGUACGUCUCCAGCGACCACGCGACGGUCGAGCUCAAGGGCCGCGUGGCCUGCGAGCUCUCCGAGGACGGCCUCAUCGGCACCGAGAUCCUCUUCCAGGGCAUCCUGACGGACCUCGAGCCCGAGGAGGCAGUGGCCCUGCUGUCGGCUCUUGUGUUCCAGGAAAAGACCGACCUCGAGAUCCCGCAGCCGACACCGGCGCUGGCGGACGCGCAGCGGGCGGUGGACGCGAUCGCGAUCCGGCUGGGCGAGGUGCAGCGGGAGCGCGGGCUGCAGAUCGACCCGGAGGAGUUCCGCAAGGAGCUCCUCAAGUGGGGGAUGCUGGAGGUGGUGUACGAGUGGGCGAGCGGGACGAGCUUCGCGGACGUGGCGCGGCUGACGCCCGUGAUGGAGGGGACGAUCGUGCGCACGGUGAUGCGGCUCGACGAGAAGUGCCGGGAGAUCCGCAGCGCGGCGCGCGUCAUGGGCGACACGGCGCUCUACGAGAAGAUGGAGCGCGCGUCGCAGCUCAUCAAGCGCGACGUCAUCUUCGCGGCGUCGCUCUACGUGCAGUAG